CUCGUCUUCUUUUCUAACUCUUACGCUUUGCUUUUCCUUUACUGUAGUUAAGAUGGUGCGUGUCGCAGUAACCCAACAAGAACCACUUUGGUUCGAUCUUGCUGGCGCUGUUGACAAAACAUGUCGAUUGGUUGAAGAGGCAGCUAGUAAUGGUGCACAAUUGAUAGCUUUUCCAGAGGUCUGGAUCACUGGGUACCCUAUGUGGAUUUGGACUCGUCCAAUCGAUGCCGAAAUGGCCACUCUCUACAUCAAGAACUCGCUCUCAUAUGACUCACCGGAGAUGCAGAAGAUUUGCGAUGCAGCGAAACAGGGCAAUAUUGCCGUCGUCCUAGGCUUCUCCGAGAAUGACGGCAACUCACUUUACAUCGCUCAAUGCAUCAUCUCCGCCACUGGAACUAUUCUCAUGAAGCGUCGAAAGUUGAAGCCUACUCACAUGGAGAGAACGGUCUUCGGCGAUGCCGGCGGCAAGAGCUUGUUUAAUGUCAUCGAUGUAGAUGGAGUCGGCAAAGUUGGUGCUUUGAGCUGCUGGGAACACGCCCAGCCGUUGCUGAAGUACCAUACCAUGAGCCUACGAGAGCAAAUCCAUGUGGCGGCAUGGCCACCGCUGUAUCCACAUGAGGGAGUAGAAACACAUUUCGCAAUGAGUGCCGAAGGCUGCCAAACUCUGUCACAAGCAUUCGCUAUUGAGUCGGGGACAUUUGUAUUGCACUGCACGUCCAUGCUCACGUCUAAAGGCAUUGAAGCAAUGAAGACAUCCGACUCUCCGCUCUUUAGCACGACCGGUGGAGGAUAUUCUGCCAUCUUUGGUCCAGAUGGUAGAAGACUGAGUACGCCCAUUCCGCCGGAUCAAGAGGGUAUUGUGUAUGGAGACCUUCCCAUGGAUCUCAUUCUUACUGUGCGACAUUUCGUGGAUGCAGUUGGACACUAUUCCCGCCCGGAAUUACUGUGGUUGGGUGUUGACGGCAGAGAGAAGCCGCAUGUGAGGAUGGUCGAGAAUGAGAAGGUAGAGGCUGAGAAAGAAGUCUAGUUCGUAGAGCUGUGGAAGAAACUCUCUGAGACUGCACUAGAACCUCCUGACCUAUAGUAGAGGAUCCGCCCGUCUGGUUUCGAUGCUGCAGUUCUUUGAACGAGUUUGCCCAAAAAGACAGAGGUCAGAGCUGGUUGGCUCAAAUUACAAAGUCGAUUCCGUGC